AUGGAAGUAAUGCAGCAUCGAACGCUACUCUAUAUGAGAGCAUUACUUGUCACACCAAAGUUUAUGAAAGGUCAUUCGAAAUGGGAUAAUAUCAAAGACACCAAGUUUGCAGCGAUGGUUCACAAAACAAAAGUAUCGGAGCAGUUAAUGAUGAAAAUGAAAAGGGUUGUACGCGCAGGUGGACCUGAUCCGAAAUUUAACAAGGAUUUAGUGCAACUGCAACUAGAAUAUAGAAAUGCAAACUUCUCCGAUGAUAACUUCCAACGAGCAUUAAAAAACGUGCAAAUGCAGCAAGUCAAAACAGCAUCAAGUAGCAUACGUGGGCCUUUAGGAUCGAUUUUCGUUGUUGAAGCAGAAGGCUUAUCUCUUAAAAAACUAAAUGAUUUCUUAUCCACAGUUUUAAAUAAGAUUGAUAUGGAGUUCCAAGUAUCGAAGAACGACUAUAGCAGAAACUUUGAAGAUAAAGGCGUCAUUAUUGUUACCGCUAGCAAACGGGACAAAGCUUUAUUAUUAGAUGAGAUGGAAGAAGUGUGUAUAGAAUUAGAUUGCGAUGAUGUGAACAGAUUUGAAGAAAACGGAGAAACGUUUUACGAACUGGUAUGUGAACGGAGUAAAUUUAUGAAAAUUCUUAAUGAUAUCGGGAAACUAGGCUUCAAUGUUAAGCACUCAGCUUUGGAACGGCGUGCUAUCGAUGCGAUCGAAGUUGGAAGUGAUGAAGCCGAAAAGAUUACUCAGUUAUACCAAGCGCUACGAGAAAAUGAAAAUAUUACGUCUGUUUACGCAAAUAUUAGGACAAAUUUGGUACCAAUAAGACCUACAAAAUUAAAAAUUAUGCAAUAA